CUACGCCUGCGGCCCCUUACGCCCCGUGCACUCCCCCCCAUUCCCGGAGCACCCCGCAUCCUCCUCCCCUGCUGCGCCGGGACUCCCCCAGCACCCAACGCGCCCCGCAUCCUGGCGCUCCCAGAAGCCCAGGUCCGGGCGCACUCACCCAUGUCCCCGGCGCCCACGCCGCUUGCGAGCACUGCAGGCGGAGCCGGAGCCCGCCGCGCGUCUCCUCCGCCUCCAGCUGGCCUCAAGUGCCAGGUGUGGCGCGUGCGAGAUGUGCGGGCGUCCGCGAGACAAGUGACAGUGGUGAGUGUGGGAGGGGCCGCAUCUCUUGCCUUGGCAGCAGCCGGGGUUGCAAAUAAGGACUCCAUCUCGGGAACUCAGAGCAACACUUCCAAGGCGAUGACUCUGCCCCGGGAGGAACCAGAGGCCUGCGGACCCCGUAGUCUCUUUGCCUCGCUCCACGCGAAGCGCUAUUGAAGGCCUGGCAUCACUCCUUUCCCCGUUGGGCUCAUUUCACAUCCUGACUUACCCCACCAGUCCUUGUUGACCUCUGACAUUUAUGGGAUCACAGACUAAGAGAGUCCUGCUCACUCCCCUCAUGCAUUCAGCUCGCCCCUUCCGAGUCUCCAACCAUGACAGAAGCAGCCGGCGGGGAGUGAUGGCAAGCAGUCUGAAGGAGCUCUUGAGCAAGACUCUGGAUGCCCUACUUAUCACCAGCGGGCUAGUCACUUUGGUGUUGGAGGAAGAUGGCACCAUGGUAGACACAGAAGAGUUUUUUCAGACCUUACGAGACAACACACAUUUCAUGAUCUUGGAAAAAGGACAGAAGUGGACACCAAGUAGUGCCUACAUCCCCGCUCGCCAGCAGCCAAAGAAAUCAGGAAUAGCAAGAGUCACCUUUGACUUGUACAAGUUGAGUCCCAAGGAUGUCAUCGGUUGCCUCAAUGUGAAGGCCACCAUGUAUGAGAUGUAUUCGGUGUCCUAUGACUUCAGGUGUACGGGGCUCAAGGCCCUGCUAAGGAGCCUGCUGCGAUUCCUGUCACAUGCUGCCCAGGUGACUGGACAUUUUCUUAUAUACACGGAGAGGUCAGAUGGGCAUGCCCACCCUUCCAAGCUGCCCUCCUCAGAGAGGGCCACAGCCUGGCCCUGUCUGCACAUGGCCCAUCUGGGGACAUGGUGUUGCUUUUCUUCAGUAUCCUGGACCUGUGGGAAUGUGGGCUUUUCUCCAGGAAGCUGGGCCCAGCCUGCUCACAGCCCAGGGAUGAGCCACAGAAGGUGAUCUGCCUCCAAAUCUGAGGGGUGCUGUUCCCAUUCAAGGGAUCUCCUAUCUCCUGCUCACA